CAGUCGCCCUCUCAGUCUGCCUGCCAGGACGCGGAAAGGAGUGCUGGAGAGGAAGUCAGGGGUCGCUAGCACAAAAGUAAUCUCAGUUAUAGUUGAACAGCUGACACAACAAGGAUGUCUAAAGGACCAGCAGUAGGCAUUGAUCUUGGCACCACAUAUUCCUGUGUGGGCAUCUUCCAGCAUGGCAAAGUGGAGAUCAUUGCCAACGACCAAGGAAACAGGACCACACCCAGCUACGUGGCCUUUACGGACACCGAGAGACUGAUUGGCGACGCGGCCAAGAACCAAGUGGCCAUGAACCCGUCUAAUACGGUGUUUGAUGCUAAGCGUUUGAUUGGGCGUAAAUUUGAUGACGCUGUGGUCCAAGCAGACAUGAAGCACUGGCCCUUCAAGGUUGUGAAUGACUCAACUAAACCCAAGAUGGAGGUUGAGUACAAAGGCGAGAUCAAGACCUUCUACCCUGAGGAGAUUUCCUCAAUGGUCCUGACCAAGAUGAAGGAGAUCGCCGAAGCCUAUCUUGGCAAAUCUGUGACCAAUGCAGUCAUCACCGUUCCUGCCUACUUCAACGACUCCCAGCGUCAAGCCACCAAAGACGCCGGAGCCAUUUCAGGACUUAAUGUGCUGCGUAUUAUCAAUGAACCCACUGCAGCAGCCAUUGCCUACGGUUUGGACAAAAAGGUUGGAAGUGAGCGCAAUGUCCUUAUCUUUGACCUCGGAGGAGGCACUUUCGACGUGUCCAUUCUGACCAUUGAGGAUGGCAUCUUUGAGGUCAAGUCCACCGCGGGUGACACUCACUUGGGUGGUGAGGACUUUGACAACAGGAUGGUGAAUCACUUCAUCGGCGAGUUCAAGCGCAAGUUCAAAAAAGAAAUCAACAGCAAUAAACGAGCUGUGCGUCGUCUGCGCACCGCCUGCGAGCGUGCCAAGCGCACCCUGUCCAGCAGCACCCAGGCCAGCAUUGAGAUCGACUCACUCUACGAAGGAACCGACUUCUACACCUCCAUCACUAGAGCCCGUUUUGAAGAACUCAAUGCUGACCUGUUCCGUGGAACCCUGGAGCCUGUGGAGAAGGCCCUCAGGGACGCAAAGAUGGACAAGUCCCAGAUCCAUGACAUUGUCCUGGUGGGUGGCUCCACUCGUAUCCCCAAGAUCCAAAAGCUUCUGCAGGACUUCUUCAAUGGCCGUGACCUCAAUAAGAGCAUCAACCCUGAUGAGGCGGUGGCCUAUGGAGCAGCUGUGCAGGCUGCCAUCUUGGCUGGUGAUAAGUCUGAGAACGUACAGGACCUGCUCCUGCUGGAUGUCACCCCCCUAUCCCUGGGAAUUGAAACCGCUGGAGGAGUAAUGACUGUGCUUAUCAAGAGGAACACCACCAUUCCCACAAAGCAAACCCAGACCUUUACCACUUACUCUGACAACCAACCUGGUGUGCUCAUUCAGGUUUUUGAAGGUGAGCGAGCCAUGACCAAGGAUAAUAAUAUCCUGGGCAAGUUCGAGCUGACCGGUAUUCCACCGGCUCCCAGGGGGGUCCCCCAGAUCGAGGUGACUUUUGACAUCGAUGCCAAUGGCAUUCUCAAUGUGUCCGCUGUUGACAAAAGCACCGGAAAAGAGAACAAGAUCACCAUCACAAAUGACAAAGGGCGACUGAGCAAGGAGGACAUCGAGCGCAUGGUGCAGGAGGCCGAGCAGUUCAAGAGUGAAGACGAGGCCCAGAGAGAAAAAGUCACGGCUAAGAACUCCCUAGAGUCUCUGGCCUUCAACUUGAAGAACACGGUGGAAGACGAGAAGCUUAAGGACAAGAUCAGCCCCGAUGACAAAAAGGCCAUCAUUGACAAGUGCAACGAGGUCAUUUCCUGGCUGGACAGGAACCAGACGGCAGAGAAAGAAGAGUACGAGCACCAGCAGAAGGAACUCGAGAAAGUUUGCAACCCCAUAAUGUCCAAACUUUACCAAGGGGGCAUGCCAGGAGGAAUGCCUGGUGGGAUGCCUGGUGGUUUCCCCGGUGGAGCUGAAGGAGGUUCUGCUGGCCCAACUAUUGAGGAGGUUGACUAAAAACUGUCUUUAGGCUUUUCUCAGAAUGAUCAUCAAAUAAGAACAAAAACUGUUUCAUCAAAAUAAGGAGUAUCUCCAAAUUGUGUAUGUCUAUUAUUAUUAUUUGUUUUUUAUUUACAUGAUUUGGACACGUGCUUUACAUUGGAGUGACAAAAAUCAUGAAUGCAUAUUUCCAACAAAGUUCAAAGUUGCGUUCACUUAAGUAUCAGACAAAUCCAAACAAAAAUGAUGUCUAAAUUAUGAUUGAUCCAUUGAUAACAUGACAAAAGUCAACUCACGUUUCCUGUAAUAAAACAACGCA